AGGAAAUCUUGCUAACCUCAUUUGAAUACCGCAUCUAUAAAUAAACGGGGCUUUAGCGCUCCCGAUUAUUUCCCAGGUCUUAGAGUGUUCUAACUUAACGCUGGGAUGCCUGAACCCACCAAGUCGGCUCCGGCCCCGAAGAAGGGCUCCAAGAAGGCGGUGACCAAGGCGCAGAAGAAGGAUGGCAAGAAGCGCAAGCGCAGCCGCAAGGAGAGCUACUCGGUGUACGUGUACAAGGUGCUGAAGCAGGUGCACCCCGACACCGGCAUCUCGUCCAAGGCCAUGGGCAUCAUGAACUCGUUCGUCAACGACAUCUUCGAGCGCAUCGCGGGCGAGGCGUCCCGCCUGGCGCAUUACAACAAGCGCUCGACCAUCACGUCCCGGGAGAUCCAGACGGCCGUGCGCCUGCUGCUGCCCGGGGAGCUGGCCAAGCACGCCGUGUCCGAGGGCACCAAGGCCGUCACCAAGUACACCAGCUCCAAGUGAACUUACCAAAUGAACGACUUCGGCAGUCUCCUCCUUGACUUACACUCCCAACUGCCUUCCAAACCUUGGCUGCAGGAAAGAAGCCUGAGGAGAGCUGGAGAUCACGUUGGGGGGGGUUCCGAGUUCUUGAGCUCCAUUUUGGUGGCGUGGGUUUGCAGCGCUAUACACAGGAAGAAAGGCUCCCUUUGCUUUAUUUGAACAGCAGCAUUUGAGUGACUUUUCCUUUCAUAACCAUGACAUCUGCUACCAUGGAUAGGGAACAGGAAUGUGGAAAAGUGAAGGACUAAAGUUUUAGAAUUUGGUCUAAAACUUUAACCAUGAAGGUUAAGCUGUAUCUCAUAAGUACAAAACAAUGUAAGUAUCACAACCAAGUUAUGGCUAUUUUUUAGGAAAGACAGAGAAGCACAGGGGGAAGAAUAGAGGUGAGAAAACUUGAGAGGGACUCAGAAAAAGAAUGGAAGAAGCAAAUGGCUACUACCAAAGGACAGACGGAGCCUGAAGACCAAAGAGAAGCCACAGAGCACGCUCGUCAAAGAAAGCAGAAAGGGAAACGAGGGAGAUGAGGGGAAUCACCGUGUCAUGUUUUGGAUGCUUCAGCUGGGUAUACCACCUGUUACACACUGAAAUACUCCCCGCAUUCCUUGGGUUUUGGGGUGAGUGGAUGGAUUACAAUGUUACCGCAUCUGGGAGAUACUCUCCGAUCAGCAAAAGUCAAACGGCGCCCUUCUAUCCCAUUCUUAACUUAUUCUGUUCACUCUUCAUUACACUUAGCAAAAGUGACAUGAAUUUGUAUAUUGUUUCUUUCCUCUUCCCAUUCUCCAGACAGCAAGCUCCACUGGGAGGGUUGGUCUUUUUUUGCUGCUGACUCCCCAGUGCCUGAGGCUGUUGCAGGCAUACAAUGGGCUCUCGAGGAGGAUCUGCAGCAAUCAUAACUAACAAAGUAUAUGUAUAUCUAUAACAACAGCGAUAGAGGCCAGAGCUGAGUUGUUGCAAUGGUUCAAUAAACGAAGUGACUCAGGCUUUUGGGGACUUAUUUUCCACAUUUAUACAACAACAAUAAAAUAAUUCUAAGAAGUCGUGUACUAUUAAGGAUUAAGUGAGAUAAAUCAUGUAACGUUCUUAAAAUGCUUAUAGACAUUUAGUAUACACUCACCAAUUGUUAGCAGGUACUAUAUUUUCUUUAGUCACUGAAUUAAAAGGACAAUCAGAGUAGUCAGUUCUUCUCGGGUCAAAAACUAAAGAGAAAAUAUGAGCUUUGCACUGCUCAAAUCCCACCUCCAGAAGUAUAUUUGGGGGAUUUGGAACAAAGAUCAUCUUGUUCAGGAAUAUCUCUUGGCUAAGCAUGGUUUGAGACAUUAUCUGUUCAUGCUACAAAUGACUGAGGCAUAGGUAAUAUUGGAGUAAAGGUAUCUCAUAGCACAUUAUACGGACAUGUGAUAAAACACCUCUCUUCCCUGUACAUCAAAUAUCAAUACUGAUUGCAAAAUGGCACCGAAGAAAUAAACCAUUUUUAUUUCUUCAGUUAUAGGAGAGAGAUGCAGAGAAGAAGUGAAUGCAAUGAGUAACUGAAAAUGUGGAUGAGCUCAUAGAAUUUAUGAAGUAUAAAAGUCUGAUCCGCCUGAGAAUGAUUGAUUAGCGUGUAUAUCCUGCUCAAAUCUAACCUGUCCUGGUUUGUUUUACACUGAUUCAUCAGGAGAGCAUUACCUCGGGAAGAGCCUAAAUAAAAGUGUUUUAGCAUUUUCACUGUAGUUUUGCUCUAAUUAUAAA